AAGCCCUUACACAACAGAAAAAUACCAGUAUGCUAAUCUGGAUUUGGAUGAUACUGCUGGUGUUACAUGAAGGGAUUGGUAUAGACCAGCCAUACAGAGAAGUGAAGGGUACUACUUGUCAGGAGAUCGCCAAACAGCCUAAUUACCAGACUGGUCUACCAUGUACAGGGAAAGAUGUGAAGUAUCACUGUCUUCUGAACGAGGAUAACACCAAGGAGUAUGAAGUAUGCAGAGAGUGGAAGUGGAUUCCAAAAGGCAAAUGUGCGUUCUUCAAUACAUAUGGAAGCGGAAAUGUGGAUGAGAGAGACUGUGAAUCCACCUCUGAUCUACCUUGUGCUGUCAAGGAAUACAACUCAGCAGAUAAUACCCAAUAUGCUGCCUGCUAUGUGAAAAAAGAAAUGACAACUGUACCAAUCUUAGAAACAAGGUAAUAUUAAUUUAACUUUAAGCUAUUUCUGAGUUGCUAAUAUUGAAUAAUGAAUAAUUAGGGCCCAGCAAGGAUUUGCGGGUGCCCUAUAGUAAUCACUCUGACUGUCCGUCUAUCUGUCUGUCUGUCAUUCUUCCGUCCACAAAUUGUCUGUC